GUCUCAACAAGAAAUUGCAAUUGUGAGAAUGCUGUGUGGUUCUGAUACUGCGUCUUCUUUACAGGGAAGGAGGGUGAGCUCUGCUGGUCCUUGCAGCUGGAACAUGGGAAAGGGGAGCUCCUCCAGAAGGCCUUUGUGCUGCUGCCUCUCCGAGACGGGGCGCUGGAUUCGACGGCCCCUUUGGAACUGCGCCCCACCUUCCCUGCCGAGCCAGAUCUCCUGAGCCCUCACUCUGCCCAGGCGGCCCUGAGCCAGGAGUGUGGGCUACGCUUCGACAUCACCAAGGCCUUCACUGCCUCAGAGAACACACUGCAGUUCUGUGUGGAGCCCCUCCGCAGCGGCCGGCCAGCACCCAGCUCCCUCACAGAAGCCCUCGAGUGCCCACCUUUCCUGGCCACAGUGUGGCGAAGGCAUCGCCAGCCCCCAGGCUAGCUAGAAGAAACAAGAUGCUUUUUUUUACAUGUUUACAUUUAGGGCCAUUCAUAAAAAUGAAAAUUAGAAGGACUGUCCAACAGGCAGACUCGCUGAUGGGAUAUUACAUUUUCAAUAAGUGGGGGUGGGAGUCCUCAGUUGUGAACGCAAGGAAGUGGCAGAAAAAACACACCUUUACACAACACCGAUUUUAAAGUGAUCAAAAAAGAAUAAGGGCCUCAUUCACUAAACGACAGUAAAUGAGCAGAAUUACGCAAAAAUAAACCAGCAGUAGCUCUAUUCGCUAAGCUAAUUAUAUGCACAAAUAAAGCGCACUAAAUGGUUCAUUUGCAAGUUGUCACAACGUGUAGAAUUCAGCACACAGAAUUCAACACACAGAAUUCUGCAUGAGGUUUACACACACUUUAUUACAGUAUAUAAGGGCGCUCGAAAGAAAAGGUAAGUACGUAAGUACGUUUUCAUUGUAUCGUUGUGAUGAGUUUUUCACUAUCAGCGACCAGGAGCUAAAUGUAUUAGCAGGAGAAGUGGUGGGGAAUUAUGAAAGGCUUUUUGGUGCUGAAUCAGCGAGAACAUUAACGUCAAUGAAACAUUAAGACAAAAAUACGCUCUGUAGGAGGAGGUUGGGGGUCUUGUCCCAAAUCACAGCGUCCUGCGAGACAGUCAAAGCAGAGAAAGUAAUUGUAUAAUGGAACAUUUAUGUUUAACUCUGCACACCUGCCUCGUAAUCUUCAUAAAUCUCGGACUGCAUGAGCGUGUACGAGUGCAUUGUAACAUUGGAACUCGAGUCGCUAUUGAAACCAUCUUUAAAAUGAAACAAACUGGAAACAAUAAUCGUUUAAAAUGGUCUGUGUUGGCUGCAAAAAAAAAAAGUAACAAGUAUACAAAAUAGAUUUUUUUAAAAACAACAGUGAAUGACAUAUUCAGCAACAUUUUCGAGUUUUGUUCGUAUGUUGACACAUUAAUUAAAAUGACCGUGUAAUUCCCAUAGACUAUUUUGCUGUCUUUAAUCCCAAAAUAUUAAACACGGGAGAAACGUUAACUGCAAACCUGAAAUGACAAAUCCGAAGAUUUUGUGUUUUUCUUUAUAAAAGACACUUUAGGGAGAUACUCUCAAGUGUCACUGUUAGGCACAGCUCCACAAUCAGGGGAUUUUUUUCAUUAAAAAAGGCUGCACAAAGGCUUCCACUAAUUCGGACGUGUUGACGUUACGUGGUUCUCCAUUUCUGCCCUCUUUUUAAACAUUUAUGUGACUGUGACAUGCUUGUUCGGUAAUUGUUUAGCCUGAACUUCAAGUUUGUUUUUCUUGCAUACAACGUCCCCUUUUCUUAGCUCUGAACGCGAUCUUCUGUUGAAAUGAAUUGGCUUUUUUAUAUUUAUUUACCAGCUCUCUGCAUUUUGCAAACUUAUACAUCAACACUAUCUAAACAACUAUUUUAAACUUCCCGCAUGUUACGUUGUUGUACAGUAUGAGAAAUUCACCAGUCAUGAAGCCGGUAUUUGUUUGACUCAGUUGCCGUAGUAACCAAAUGCACGGCAUUGACGCCUGACCGUGUACAGCUACUGUAGCGCUGCUGAAAUGAACAGGGGAGGUGAAGAGUAAUGGAAAAUACUAUAAGGAAAAUACAGUGCAUAUUUUUCACGGUCAAAGAAGUCCCCUGGGUCGAUAUUGUCUAUACCUUUUAGGAUUUUGAAUGUUUGAAUCAGAUUGCCGCGUAGUCUUCUUUGUUCAAGACUGAAUAGAUUCAAUUCUUUUAGCCUGUCUGGAUACGACAUGCCUUUUAAACCCAGGAUAAAGGGCAAGUCAAUUACUCAGCUUGUUAACAACAACUGGCAGGGUGGGAUGCAAGAUGCAUAUCGCCUCAGUAAGGAGCACCCCAAUGUGUACCUGGGUGUGGAUCAAGCUCUGGAUGAGGAUUAUAAAUCUACAGGCUUUGACCGUGGACACCUUAACCCCAAUGGUCACCACGCAGGUGACAGCCGGAAUGCCACUUUCAGCCUCACUAACAUUGUGCCUCAGAAUCGAAUAUCGAACCAGGGAGCAUGGAGACUGUAUGAAGAAGAACUGGCCAGGAUGUUCAGCACAGACUGUGCUACAACUUUCGUUGUGGUUGGGACUGUCCCGUCGCAGAACAGCAAGCUGAAGGAUCGUGUGAACAUACCGGACUGGGUGUGGAGUGCGUACUGCUGUGUUAAUAACAACGGGAUGCCACUGAAGAGUGUGGCAGCAACAUCUUUAAACACAGACCAGAACAAGGUUAACAGGCUCACUUUGAGAGGGCUUCAUAUGUUUUUACAGGACCAAAUGUACACCGAAUCUGUUCAGAUUUUUACUGAUGAAUGCAUGUGACCCUAUUGUGUUUAUACUGUACUGUAAGAUGUUGGUGGAGAAUAAACUCAGACGAACUUAACACUAACAUUUUGUCUUUGCUUUUAGAACAGAAUUAUUGCUGGAGUAGUACCAGUUUAAGGUUAGAUAAAAGCAAGGUUUGGAUGUCUGUAAUUUUCAAUCUGGUUAAUUGAGUUUGUAAAAUAAAUUAUAAUUUUGUAAAAAGUUGUUGGGAACUUGAUAUGAGGACUUUAAGAGUUGGUAGGUUUAAAGCCAAGUAGUGCUUUGUAAUUUUUAUUAGUAAUGUUGU